AUGCGUCCUCUAACUAUCCUCUGCGCCCUCGCUACACUCUCCACCACACUCGCAGUCCCCUUCUCCCACGCAUCCAACUCAACCAGCGCAUCAAAAUCGACCCCCUCAUCAACAGUGCCGGCGAGUCUACCCUCGCCAACACUCAGCGGACCUAAUUCCUGUCCCCCAAACAAGUUCAAGCAAUGCUGUACAACCCUCAGCCAGGUAGGCGACGACCUCCUCAAGCCAUUGGGGAUGGUCGUUCCGCUCGUAGGGGCGGUCGAACUGAGUUCGCUGGUCGGGGUGUCGUGCAGGAACAUGCCCGACGCGGCCCCAGAAACCGACUGCGCGAAUGCAGUCAUGUGCUGUGAUUCUUCGGCUGUUGGCGGAGACCUCAUGCAGACUUCCUGCCAGGACUUUGCGCUCGCGAAGAAGCGUGAGCGGGAGGCGAUCGAGCGACAGCAGAGGCGGUUUUCGGAGUAUCAGCGGAUGAUGAUGUCGCAGUCUGCUACGCCUACCCCGACGCCGGUCGGCGUCGGUCUGAUGGGCUCGUCUUUCUCGAGGGCGAGCGCGACGCCGACUAGGAUCCAAGGUGGACUUUUGUGA